GAUAAAGACGAAACCGGGUGGGUAAAACACGAACCCGGAGUUCUCCUGUAAAAGAAGAGAGCUUUUAAAGUUUUUGCCAUUGCUUCUUGCUUCAUCGCUGUAACUUACUCAAUCUCUAAUCUUUCACGAAAACCCCACAAAAUCUCAAUCGAGUGAGAAACCAGAAUUGGGUUUGAUCCUUGUACGUUGCUUUGAGGACUCACACAAGAACGUUCUUGGGUUUAUAGAAACAAUGGAUUUUAAAGGUAUAGCAUGGGUUGGAAAUGUGUACCAGAAGUUUGAAGCAAUGUGCUUGGAGGUUGAAGAAAUCAUCGUGCAGGAUACAGCAAAAUACGUUGAGAACCAAGUUCAGACUGUUGGAAACUCUGUGAAGAAGUUCUGUUCGGAUGUGGUUGGAGAUUUGCUUCCAGAUGACUCUGUAGAUUCGGAGAAACCGAUCCCGGUUGCUAUGUUACAUGAAUACGCACCUGUUUGUUCCUUCAAGAAGAAAAGAGAGAGCACGAACCGCAAAAACAGAGAUGUGAAGCACAAGCAAGAGCAAGAGGUAGCUGAGGGGAAGAAGGAUGGAUGUGCGAUGAAGCUCCGUGGUGUUGAUGCAGAUGAUUACGAUAUCUGUACUUCUCCAAGGCAGUAUGGUCCGUAUAGAAGAACGAGACUCGGCCGCAACCACAUCUUUAAAAAAGAGGAGCUUUUUCAAGUCACAAGGCCUUAUGUACAGAAAGACUCGAGUAGUUUAUCAAUGGUUCACAGAACUCGGGUCAGAAAUGAUGUUGGAGCUGUAAAGUCAAGUGAUUCUCCUCCAGUUAUAGUAAAAAGACUCAUCUCUAAAGAGGAAUGUCAGAAAGACGAUAGAACCGAGAAUCAGCAUGGUGUUACAGUGGUUAACUCUGUUAGAAGUCAAGAUUCAGAGACUAGAAUCGAAAAUGAGCAUGGUCUUACGGUGGUUAAGUCUGUUAAAAGUCAAGAUUCAGAGAUUAGAACCGAAAAUGAGAAUGGUCUUACGGUGGUUAAUUCUGUUAGAAGUAAAGAUGCAGAGAUCCAAACAUCUGUUGCCACUAGCUUACCUGCAGGAUCUGGUGGUAAAGCUUUUCAUUUCUCAUUUUGCUUCUCGAUUGUUUCUUUUGAACUAUGGAAUCUUAAACUUGAUCUUUGUACAAUCAUAUCUAGUAACACAACACAUAGGAAGGAGAAUGACAAACACAAACCUUACAAGAAGAUCAGAGACGCUAUAUCUUCAAGAAUGAAGCAAAACAGAGAAAAAGAAUACAAACGACUUGCGCGUCAAUGGUACGCAGAAGAUGUCGAAAAUGGGAGAGAAUGUGGCGAUAAUCCGAAACCGAUAGAGGAGAACCGAUCAUCGGAGGAAUCUGAAUGGGAGCUUCUGUAAAAAUGUGAAUACACAUGAUAUGUAAUUAAGCAUUCUCUCUUUGUAAAUAAAGAAUAUGUAUAAGCAAAAACAUAAGAAGAAGCAGCUUAAAAGCUUGCUCUGGGUUACAUAAGAAAUAAGGAAAAGGCCCUUAUCUUUAUCGAAACUUUAUAUAUUAAACUCUUUAUGAUUUCAAGUACAAAAAUGUUUUCAUAAAUUGUUUGCAUCUGUAAAGACUGUGGCACAAAAAGUCUUUCCCAUGGUGGUUGUGUAAUAAUUGUUUUCUUGUUUC